AUGGGAAGAGAAAACCAGAGCUCUGCAAAGGACUUCAUUUUAUCUGGUCUCACAGAUAACCCAACUUUACAGCAAAUACUAUUCUUCUCCUUCCUUCUCAUCUAUAUUACCACUAUUCUGGGAAACGUUGGCAUUAUGGUCAUCACCAAGACGGAGGCAAACUUAAACACACCUAUGUACUUCUUCCUUCGUCAUCUUUCAUUUUCCGAUCUCUGUUACAGUUCCGUAAUAACGCCUGAAAUGUUAGCAAACUUCCUGAGGAAAGAGAAAGUUAUCCAACUGGCCGGCUGUGCUGCCCAGAUGUUUAUCUUUGUGACAUUUGGGGCUAUGGAGUGCUUCCUUCUUGGGAUCAUGGCCUAUGACAGAUAUUUGGCUAUAUGUCAACCGUUACACUACCAUGUUACUAUGGACAACAAAGCAUGCAUGACAUUUGUAGGGGCAGCAUAUAUGGGCAGCCUUCUCAAUGCCUUGGUUCAUACCACAGGGACCUUCUCAUUAAGCUUUUGUAGAUCCAAUAUUAUUAAACAUUUUUAUUGUGACAUACCACCAUUAUUGAGACUAUCAUGCUCAGACACGACCAUUAAUGAAAUUCUUUUAGUUGUCUUUGGUAUCAUGACUUCCUGGUUCUCUCUACUCGUCAUCAUUAUCUCUUAUGGCUACAUCAUUUAUGCCAUAUUUAAAAUGCAUUCAGCAAGUGGAAGACGGAAGGUCCUCUCCACUUGCACCUCACACUUUACUGCUGUGAGCAUGUUUUAUGGUGCUCUCUUUUUUAUGUACUUCCGUCCUGCCACAUCUUUUUCUGUGGGCAAAGACAGUAUAGCUUCUAUGUUUUAUACAAUCUUCAUUCCAAUGUUGAACCCCUUGAUUUAUAGUCUAAGAAACAGAGAUGUAAAGGAAGCUUUGGUGAAAGCUAUAAGGAGGACAUUCUUUAAAGCUGGUCAUCAAAAAUAAGGCUGUUUUGUAACAUUGA